GUGAAGGUGACCACUGUCGGUGGAGGAGCUGCCUCGGGGGGCUACACGCAUGUCAGUGGAAGCGGUGGCGGCGGCGUCGUUGCAUACGGCGGCGGCGGUAGCAGCAGCGGACGUGGCUCUGCAGGCGGCUGGAGCCUAGGUGACUACUUGUUUGGCCUCUUUUACGAAAGGUAUCAGGUGGGCACGAGCCAGAACAUGACCUACGUGGGAUAUGGCAGGGGCAACAUGGAGCAGAAGAUGAUAGAGGUCAGCGAAGGAAAGGGCUCCUAUUCCGUGGACCAGCAUGUGCAGUACGGCUACAGGCCUCGGGUGUGCAUGAUGAGUCUCUGCUGCUUCCUCUGCUUGGGCCUCGUUUUCAUCCCAUUCCUCACGAUUUGCCAGCUUCGGGCCUUGUUCACAGCGGAGACCUGCGGCGCCGGGCAAGCUGACAUGUGUACAAGCCUGUGCUUCGCAGGUGCUUUGUUCAACGAGGCCAGCUGCUGCGCAAACUGCCCACAAGAGAGGAUGCUGAAUGUGAACCUGGCCUGCGGUCACACGGAGGUGAAGCCUAAAGUCCACGAGAUCGUCCGCCACCACUAUGGCACGGUCUACAGGCAUGUGCCGGUGAACCACUAUGUCAAGGUGCAGAUGCCGCAGCAUGCCCCGAUCAUUCACAACAUCAAGAUGGUGGUGCCACCCACGCAGUAUGAAUGCGAAAGUCACGCCGCGUCUCCGAACCCGGAGUGGUCCGACAAGCACACGAAAUGGUGCUGCUACAGACACAAGAUGUUCUGCCCUGUGCAAGUGGUCGACAAGAACAUCUACCAUCACGUGACCAAGGUUCAGAAGUACCGUGUGCCGGUGCCGGUGCCGAUGCCGCUACACCAUCCGAUCAUCCACAACGUGGUGCACCACUACCACGUGCCCAGCCCGCCGCAGUACAUGCAUGUGCACGUGCCGGGCCCCACCGUGUAUCACCACGGCACGCUGUCCCGCAGCAUUUUAGCACUCAAGCUCUUCGCCUUGCUGUCUUCCGCCAGUCCUCAGCCCGGGCCUGAGGCGGCUGAAGUGCUGAAGGGAUCUGCCAUGGUCUUUGCCCAGCUCGCAGAUGCCUUCUCCGCCUGCAGCGGGCCCGAGGUGCGCCACGUGCGCACCACAGCAGACCCACCAGUGGCACCAGAGGAGGCGCUGAAGAUGCUGAAGGACGGGACCGGAGAGCGGAGAGCCGAGGAGGGCAACGGCCGCUUUGUGGCCGGGCGGCCGCUGGGGGCGCGCACCAAGGACGCCGCACGGAAGCAGCUGGUGGAGGAGGGCCAGGCGCCCCACACGGCCAUCAUUGGCUGUGCUGACUCCCGUGCUCCCCUGGAGACCAUCUUUGACUCGAUGCCAGGGGACCUCUUUGUGCUGCGCAACGCCGGAAAUACCUGCACGCACGCUGAGGGUAGCAUGGUGGGCAGCUUGGAGUUUGCUACAGGCAAGCUGGGCAGCCGUCUGAUCCUGGUGCUCGGCCACACCAAAUGCGGCGCCAUUGCAGGCGCAACCCAAACGUAUUUGGCCGCCCAGGGGCCCCAGAAAGCCGGCUCCGCGCUGCAGGGCCUGCUGCAGGACCUCGGCGCGGUGGCGGAGCAGGCGGUGCAGGAGGCCGGGCCGGGCGCCAGCGUGGAGGAGGUGACCGCCCGCGCCGUCAAGGUGAACGUCUACCACACCAUGAGCUUCCUGUUGCGCUUUAGCGAGUCCAUCCGCUCGGCGGUGCGUGAGGGCACUGUGCAGAUCCAGGGGGGCAUCUACAACCUGGAGACGGGGUGCGUGGACUUCCUUGGGCGUUUGCCCACGCAAGCGGAGCUUCUGGACUCGACGAUGGCCAUCCCCCCGUCCAUGGUGGAAUCUGGGGAGGCCCGGGGAAAGCAUGGUGUGCGCACCGGCGCCGACAGCGCGGUGCCCAAAGAAGCGGCCCUGAAGAUGCUGAAGGCAGGCAACGAGCGUUUCGCCGCCGGCGCGCCUACCGCGACGCAGACCUCCGGCCCUAUGCGGAAGGCUCUGGUGCAGUGCGGCCAGGCGCCCCAUAGCGCCAUCCUGGGUUGCGCGGACUCGCGGGUGCCUGUGGACACCGUCUUCGAUGCGAUGCCUGGCGAGCUCUUUGUCCUGCGCAACGCGGGGAACACCUGCUGCCAUGCGGAAGGCAGUAUGGUUGGCAGCUUGGAGUUUUGCACAGGCAAGUUGGGCAGCAAGUUGAUCCUCGUUUUGGGGCACACCAAAUGCGGCGCCAUCGCUGGUGCUACGCAGACCUUCCAGGCCGGUGGUGAGAAGGCCCCCGGCUCUGCACUGGAAGGCCUGCUGCAGAGCUUGGCCGCCGUGGCCAAGGACGCCAGCGAGGAACUGGGCCCCGGCGCGGAUUUGGAGGCGCUGACUGCCAAGGCCACCAAGGUCAACGUCUUUUCAUCCAUGAACUUCUUGCUGAAGUACUCGGAGCCAAUGAGGGAGCUUGUGCGCAAGGGCGAGCUCGACAUCCAAGGCGGCAUCUACCACCUGGAGACGGGCCGCGUGGAGUUCCUGGGCCGGUCCCCCCAGCAGCAAGCGCUGCUCGCCGCCGAGGAGACGCUGCCGCCCUCCAUGGCCUUGGGCACCGUGCGGACCAUGGCCGACGGGCCGAUGGCGCCCCAGGCGGCCCUGCAGCUGCUGAAGGUGGGCAACGAGCGCUUCGUGGUGGGAGCCCCGAAGGCUGGCAAGGUGCACCGCAGCAUGCGCGAGACCUUGGCCACGGGGCAGGCACCUCACACCGCGCUGGUGGGCUGCGCGGAUUCUCGCGUCCCCUUGGAGACCGUCUUCGACGCAUUGCCUGGCGAUCUCUUUGUUCUGCGCAACGCAGGGAACACGUGCACGCACGCGGAGGGCAGCGUCUUGGGCAGCCUGGAGUUCUGCACGGGGCCGCUGAAGACUCGGCUGGUCUUCGUGCUGGGCCACACCAGCUGCGGCGCCAUCAAGGGCGCCACCUCCACCUUCCUGUCCCAGCAGAAGAAGAAGGCACCUCAGGCGCUGGAUGCCUUGCUGCAGGGCUUGGGCGCGGUGGUCUCCGACGCGAAGAACGAGUUGGGCAAGAAGGCAACCGAGGAGCAGAUUGCCGCCCACGCAGUGAAACUCAACGUCUUCCACACCAUUAACUUCAUGCUGAAGCACAGCGAGCCGAUCCGCCAGAAGGUUCGCAGCGGGGAGUUGGAGAUCCAGGGCGGCGUGUACGACCUGCAGACCGGGCGAGUGGAGUUCCUGGGCGCCAGCCCUGCCCAGGCCAAGCUGGUGGCAGCAGAGGGCUCUCUGGCGCCUUCCCUGAAGAGCAAGAUGCAGGGAGUCAAGGUGCCGGUGGACGUGCCCUACCCCGUGCCGCAGCCGCCCUCGGUGAUCACCGUGAAGAAGGAGAUCCCGGUGCCAGUACCAGGCCACACCCACUACGUGCCCGUGCCGGUGCCGACGCCGCCUCACGUUGUCACGCACUACCACACUGUCUGGAACACGGUCCAGGAUGAGAGCUAUGAGAUUGCCACAGCGGCGUGGACCACUGGCACAGCACUUGGUCGGCCCAGCAGCAGAGCUGGUGCUGCUCGCACUACCACGUGGGCUGCGCCGUGA